GCAUGCGCAACUUUACUUCCGCUGUAAAUAAAUGAAAAUGAUUUCUUAAAAUUGUGAGGUCUAUUAAAGUAGUUAAAACUGCACAUUGCAAUGAAUUCACAAAAUUUGUUGAUUUCUAGAGGUUGCAGUUAAAUUUACCUUUUUAUGGUGAAAGAAAUAGGAUCUUUUCAAAUUAGAAGAUAUGUGGAACCGGGCAGGUCCUCCACCACCAUGGCCUCCGAGACAGCCUGUUCCUUAUGGUUUACCUAUUAACUUACCUGCUAAUCCGGCUACUUGGAGCCCGCAGAUGUUGGUUAAUGUUCCAAGCUCAACCAUCGAUUGGGCACUAUUAGCUCGACAAUGGAUAGCUCACAGAGAUUCACAGCCAAGGCAUCAUCAGAUACCCGAAAGACUUCGGGCUCCUAUUAUACAUCAGCCUCGGAGCAUGGAUCCUAGGCCACCGAACUUCAAUGCAAUAAACAGUGCUAAUAAAGCAAGGCCUAUUAUGGAUAUCCCCAAACGACCUCCUUUUCAGCCUUCCGUAGAGCUAGAACCUCUGAAGCCACUACUUCAAACUGAAAGCGUAGCAGAACAGCCGUACGGGUUUUUAGACGAUAGUGGAAUAGGAGAUCAAAUAGAUCCCUGUAGACGAAAACAAUUACCUUCGUGGAUUAGGGAAGAAUUAGAAAAAAUGGAAAAGGAAAAGGCUAAACAGGCAGAAAAAGAAAAACGAGAGCAAGAGUAUUCUGAUGGAAAUGUAUCGGACAUGGAGCAGAGCCCUCAAGCUGUGGAAAAGCAACCAUUAAGCUUUGAAACAAUCUUGGAAGAGAUGGAUGAGGAACAAAGAGAAGCAAUACGGCUAAAUUUCACAAGAAACGCUCUCACUGAAAUUCUUCUCGAUGUUACCAACCAGCUUAUCGCCAGUCAGGCUUCCAAAUGUUUUGAAAAGGCCAAAUUGAAAGCUCCUGCAAAACAAAUAGCCAAGUCAUCGGCUUUAGCUUCUAUAACUUCGCUGGGACUUGGUUACGACUCGGACAGUGAAAAGUCGGACAAGAGGAGUGGAACUUCGGACGACUCCACUGACGAGGAACAGUUAUUUGAUCGAAGCGACGCACUCCUAAGGAAAUUUAAGCAGAAAAUGCUAGAUCCAAAAAAAGAUAAUAAUGUAGGAGGAGAGAAUCGAAAAACAAGAGGUCAACAAGAUCUAGAUCUCGUAGCCGAGAUGGUCGUAGAAAGAGUAGCAAAGACAGAGAAUCAAGAAAGCGAAGGAGUAGGUCCUCUAGUCGUCAUCGUCAUCGACGUUCCCGUAGUAGUAACAGAAAGUCAAGAAGACGUCGAUCGAGGUCUAGAUCAAGAUCGAAAACAAGAAAAACUAAAACUAUUGAUAAGUCCUCAAAAAAGAAAAGGAAGAGAAAUUUCGAUCCGACCAAUUCGAAAUGUCGAUGAUUAG